UAUGAAUGUUUGAAACCUUUUUAAAUCCUUAGGAAAUCAAACACAGCGACAAAAAGCCUUGUUGAGGCGUAGGCAGCGUCAACGUAACAGUUUUAUUACAAUUGGAACAAUAACCACUGUUGACAAUGAGUUUAAUACAUUUCGUCUUGUAGUUGGCGACAUUUUUAACAAAUCAAUAAUUUGCUAUGAAUUUUCUUUACAAAUUUGAACUUGUGGUCUGUCGUCUUAAUUUUAAUUCGUCGCUCGCUCUUUUUGUGUGGUAUGUCGACAGCGGUCCCAAUUGUAAACAUGCUAUAAUGGCACCAAACUACACUGAGUGCUUGACAAACCGUAGAGUGUAUUUUAAAUGGGUAUUGCUGUUGACAAGUUGUCUGCCGACUGCGAUAAACUCGCACGGUAAUUUUUAGUUGAUAAAAAUAAGUUUAUAUGAAAAAAAAAGUUAAUUAAAGUGUUAGAAUAAAUUUAAAAAUAUGUUAAAAAGUGAAUCAAAGUGUGAAACUUUAACUAAAAAUAAUAUUUUAUGUCGAGCGUCAUUGCGUGGCCUGAAAAAGUGCACAUCUUGUGGUUUCAUUAACGGCCAGCGGGCUCUAAUAUGUCGUAAUGUUAACUGUGAUUUGCGUAUUAAAAGACUUGCCGCUAUUAAACCUUUUGAUCCCAUACAAUUGAUUACCUACGGUCGUACGAAACUCUAUUCGUUACGCAGUAAAGAAAAAUUACUGAACCCGCGUAAUUUUGUUAGCAUUACAGAAACGGUUGAGUCGGUGGAAUCUCCUCCCAGUGCUGUGUGUUAUGUAGAUAAUUGUAAAUAUGAUGCUUUCGAACCCACUCACUUGGUGUGUCGCCAUAUUAAGGCAUGUAAAGUUUUAACGGAUGUUGCGGUGGCCGAAGUGUAUCCGAUAGAUAAAAGCAUAUUGUGGAAUCUUAAUAUACCACUAGAACAAAAACAACAUUUAUGGGAUUUAUAUCAACUGGAAGAGAAAUUAAUACAUCCCAUACAAAAGCUUAACUCUUCCAUAUUUGUUGUCAAAUGUGUUGAAUCAAAAAUGUUUCCUGCUGGUCGUUUACAUGUCACCGUUUUUAGUAAUAUGGUGCCCAAUAAAAGUGGCAAUUUCUCAUGUUCUUGUAAAAAACUUAAACUCAUAUUAGAACCUGAUAAUUCUGUAACAAUGAAACAAGAAAUCUGUGAUCAUUUACUCUUAUUACUGGCGGCCAUACUCAAUAAACCGGAGGGUAAAACGUUGUAUGGAAAAUUUUUGGAUUUGCUACAGUAUUUAUGGAUGCCUACUAAUUUGAAUGCAACAAUUGUAGAUUGUAAUGGUGCUAACAGACAAUCACAAUUUAUGGAUUAUGAUUUGGGUCUGGAUAAAUGUAAAGAAAGUACCAAAGUUGAGAAUGAUAGUUCAGAUGAUUUAUUUAACUUUACGGAGGAACUGUUUGCCGAAAAUAAUAUACCCGAUUUUUCUGACAUCAUUUUGGAUGUUAAUAAUGAAAAAUCAAACAACGUGCAAUUGUAUAAAAAAUCUCCCCAGCAAAUAAAAACAUUAGAAGAAAUGCAUAUAAAAGAUCCUAAACUCAAUGCCACUACUGCCAGUAUAAAUGAUGAGGAUUUGGGUUUAAAUUUUUCUCAUAUAAAAACACCAGAAUCGCCUGAAUUAUGUUCAAAUGCUUUGGAAACACAAACAAAUAUGGAUUUCCAUGAAGCUGGUUUAAGUGUUAUAGAACAAUUUCAAUUAAACCACAAUAUGCAAAUAUCAAAUGAUAAUAUAGAAUUGGCUAAAGAUAUAGAAAAUCUCAAUAAUUUGGAAUCACAAGUAAUGGAGUCAUCUGCAAACCUUAUACCUAAACAAACCUCCUUAUUAAAAAGUCCCAUAGCGAAUAGCAAUCUUAAUAACAAUAACUCUGAAGAUCAUUCCACCAAACCAUGUAUAGUUAUUAAUGCCACUAAUUGUAAUACAACAGUACCUGUACAAAAGUCCAUAGUAUUAAAACAAGGACCAGUUAAAAUUAUAAAAAUAGCUACACCCAUACAAAAACUUUCCAUGGAUAAGAAUUUUAAUAAAAUUAUACAAAUAUCAAAAAUAAAUUCCAAUAAAAUUAUAGUACUUAAAUCUAAUCAAACUGCGGCAGCCAACAACAAAGAACUUUUAAUGCCAACCGUAAAGGUAGCCAGUGCAGAGGAUUCAACACUACCUGUUUUAACUUAUGAAUCUUGGUUGGAUCAUACAAUAGAACUUAUAAAUGACAGUAUUAGUAUACAGGAUUCAACAACAGUCAAGAGUACAUUUCAUGUACAUGAAAAUAUAUUCAAUCAUUUUAGUAAAUCGUUUACUUUGAACAAUAAGAGAAGACUGCCCAAUACCACUAGUGUUGUUAAAAGUGGUAAAUAUAAAGAUCUUAUCAAAUACACCUGGUACUUGAAUCAAGCCUCGACGGUACAAAGAAUAUUUUCUACUAAAAAUCUAAAAAUAGAAUUGGAACGCUCUUACCAGCGUUUAAAUGAUGGCAGUUUUGAACUGUAUACCCCCGCCAAUAUACAACUAACAGAAAAUAACAACUUUCGUCCAAUAUAUCCCAAACUACAACUUUAUAAAGCUUUUAUACAAUUCACUAACAAUGCCGAAUUGUCAACAAAUAAUUUACAGUCCCAAAAAUGUGGUUUAAAAUUAGAAUGGCUACCGUCGGCAUUUCCCAAAAGUAAUUUUGGUUUAAUGACCAUAGAAUUUUGCGUAAGUGUUAAAGAACCUGACGUUAUACUGUGACCCUAAUAUCUCAGUUCUCCCACCUUUUGUUUAACAGUAUUAUUUUCGUUUUGUCUGUUUAAAUAAAUGUUAAAGAAAAAAAUUCUUUAUAGCA